AUGGAAGUUUUUGUAUUAGAGAUUGAAGAUCCAGGUUGCUUUUGGGUUACUAUAAAAGGCUGUGGGCCUUACAUAGUUGAUGAAGUAGAAUAUAAAAACCUGAAUGCCAAAAUGAAUCAGUUCUAUGACAACCCUUACAGAGAUGUGGAUGAAGUAAAACCACUAACAGUAGAAGAAGGCCAGAUUUGUGUGGUUUUCAGUGAGGAACUCAAAUGCUGGUGUAGAGCGGUUAUUAAGUCGAUCAUGUUCUGUACAGAUCAUUAUCAAAUGGAAUGUUUUCUUGUGGAUUAUGCCAAAUAUGUAUUUGUUAAAUCAAAGGACAUUCGAAUUGCGCUGGAAGCAUUUAUGCAGAUCCCAUAUAGAGCAAAAAAGUGUAGGCUGUAUUGCACAAAGCCAGUGACGCUGCGUAUCAACUUUUCUGAAAAUACUGCAAAAAUAGUACCAGCCAAAAGAUGGGAUAGUGCAGCUACUCGGUAUUUUAAAAGCCUUCUCCAAGCAACUACCCAAAUGAAAGCCCAGUUGUGUGCUGUAGAUGAUAACACACUUGAAGUUUUACUUUAUGUGACAAUAAAUGAUGAAAAGGUAUGCAUUAAUGAUGAUCUUGUCUCAAAGAACUUUGCUCGUUUUGAGGAAGCUGAAGAGAAUACAGGGAGUUCUGCAGAUUAUCAGGAGAACCAAAUGUCAUUAAAUGCUGAGUGUCUUCCAGAGAAAAUUGUUAAUCCUGCACCUGCUUUCAAGCCAGUGCUGUUUCAGGACAAGGUAUCAACAAACGAUGAAACAGGUCCUGCUGUUUCCAGUUCCUUUUUUGAAGAGACAUACCAAAUGCCAAGCACAGAUCUAAAUGAAAAUGCUGUGUCUAGUUUUCAGAAGCUUGGUGAAGAGAGAAACUUUGUCUUUCUUAGCAACAAAAUUGAGCCAUCGUCAGUUCUGGAAACAGCACCAGUUUUUGAUAAUCUGAAAAAGGAACUUGCUCGGAAAAAUUUUGUCCCUAGCUUCACAGAAUCUUACUGUUGGCCACCAAUAGCUCGAGGAUGUGAUGUAGUUGCCAUCUCAUAUCAGGGAAAUGAUCCUUUCAUAUAUAUUCCACCAGUUCUUACAUUUUUGCAGUUGAAAAGUUGCUACAAAGCCUUGCCAAACAAGAAUGGACCACUAGCACUUAUUUUAUGUCCUGGAUGGAAGAAGGCAGAACUUGUUUUUGAGCUACUGAAAACGUAUGAGAGACGCUCCAGACGGCUUCAUCCGAUAUUGAUAAUACUUGGGCAGAAUAAAGAAGCAGCUGAAAGUGUGAAAAUCCAAGGAUGUGAAAUAAUUGUGACUACACCGUGUAGCCUCCUGAGACUGUUUGACCAUCAUGGUUUUUUAUUUUGUAGACUUUGCCAUCUUGUUCUUGAUGAGAUUGAGGUACUGUUCUCUGACACUGCUGAACAGGUUUUUGCUAUAUUAGAUUAUUACAAGAAAGCUCCUAAAUGUGAGUAUUCACCACAACAGAUUAUUGCUGUUGGAAUUCAUUGGAAUAAACAUAUAGCACGCUUGAUAAAGGAGUUCAUGAAUGAUCCUUAUGUUGUGAUAACGGCUAUGGAAGAAGCUUCCAUCUAUGGAAAUGUGCAACAGGUCGUGCAACCUUGCACAGAUAGUGAGAGAACUGCUGUGUUACUCAAAAUACUGGAUUUUACAGACAAUAAUGUUCAGAAGGUGCUGGUAUUCACUGAUUCAGUAGAAGAAGCAGAAAUGGUUCAUAAGGCACUGAAGAGCGAUACAGUAUUUGCCUUGAAAUUUCAUAAAGAGUGCAAGUUUAAUUUCAAGUAUAUCUUAGAGCAGUGGACAAAAAAGCGUCAUUCUGGCACUCAUGUUGUGUUAGUUUUAACAGAUGACUGCAUGCAGCCUUUGGGAAUUACAGAUGCAACUUGCGUGAUACACUUCAGUUUUCCUUCUCGAAGACUCUUUGGUCAGCGACUCCACAGCAUGUCUGACAACUUCAGUAAUGGGAUAAAGAAUUCUUCUGUAGAUCAAGAAUAUAGAAAAGCAACAUCAGUCAUUCUGCUAACAGAAAACAGUGCUCGUCAUGCACCUGGAAUCUUGCAGUAUUUGCACCGCGCAGAAGCUGAAAUUCCACCAAAGCUGCAUGAGUUUACGACCAAGACACUAGAAGCUGAAGAAGAUAAAAAAUUUUCAAGGCCACUGUGUGCCUAUCUUAAAACAUUUGGGAUUUGCAAGAAAAGAAGAGUGUGUCAAAAUCGUCAUCGGAUUAAUUUACAAAUUGAUGUGCCCCAGAACAUACCAGAUAAAAUUACACGAACUCCUGGAUGUGUGACAAUACUGCCUCUCCACAUUGUACAUGCAACAAACUACUUUGGUCGAAUAGUAGAUAAAGAGAAGGACCAAUAUACAAUUCUUGCUGAAGAAAUUAAUGAGUAUUUUAAAAAACCUAGUAAUAAAAUUGCUGCUAAAAACGUGGAGAAGCUAGCAUUUUAUGGAUUAUGUGAGAAAACACUUUUUCACAGGGUUCAGGUGCUAGAGAUUUCAGCAAAAGAGGAGGAAAAUGUAUUCUUUAAUGUCAAAGUUAAAUAUGUAGAUGAAGGCAGAACAAGUCAAGUUCAGAGCUAUCAGCUGCUUCACUUACCUGCAAUGUUUCAGUGUCUGCCACCUCAAGCUGUGGAAUUUAUAAUUUGUAGAGUGAAACCCAUUGAUAAUGAAACUGAAUGGAAUCCAGAGGUAACGUCUUAUAUUCAUCACAAAAUUAAAGGAAAACUACAUGAAGCAAAAAUAGUACAUACCUUGGGAAAUACAGUUUGGGUUGACCCAAUGGUCCGGAUUACCAGGCUUCCAGAUUUGAAGAUGUCUAUCAAUGAAUACAGUGUUCGAUCUGAGAUUUUGGCUACGGGUCUGGGAACUGACAAUCCAGAACAUAUAACAGAACUUCAGAAGUUGUGUGGACACAUGAAAGUAUUAGAUCAUGCAAAGAACUUGGAGCCUUUAAGCAUAAAGGAGGAUGCAGUUGGUCCAGAGAAUGUGUCUAAUCCACAGAAUAUAUCAACACAAGAAGAUUCUACUGAAAACUCUAAUUCUUCUGAAAUUAUUCUUGGAAAUGGUCCAUGUGAUGGUGUAGCUCAAACUAAGGAAGUGGAAGACUCUACCCUGCAUCAGCGAAAAUGCUUUUAUCCAGAAGUAAAAUGGUUUCAAAAUGAAGAGACUAUUACAAUGAAGGUAAAAAUACCAAGCGUAGCUGACUGUAAAUGCGAGUUCUCUAAAGAAAAAGUGGUUUUCAGUGCUUGUUCAGGAGACAAACUUUAUUUGGCCGACCUGGAGCUGAAUCAAUAUAUACUUGCAGAAAAGUCUACGUAUGUGAUUAAGGAUAAAGAGGCUGUUAUUGUUCUUGCAAAAGAGGAAAAAGGAGCAUGGUGCAAAUUACUGAAAAACAAGAAUCAUCAUGUGUCUUUUGAUUUUGAACACUUGGAAGAUUUUGAAGAUAAAAGUCCUUUUCCAGUUGGUACUAAAAAAUUGCAUUGCCUUGCUGCAGUAACUGAAGAAUUGGUUGACUCCUCAGAAGACAGUGGAACAGAAAGUGAUGAGUAA